GCCAAUUGUAUACCUGGGAGGAGAAUCCAAAAGGCCAAACAUGGCCUCCUCCUCACUUUUUACCCUUUUCCUAGUGUCAAUGCUUGCUCUUAGCUUCCCUCUUGAGACUUUAGCUAGUUAUCGCUAUUCUUCUCCACCACCGCCUUACGUUUACAAGUCACCUCCUCCGCCACCACCCGUAUACAAAUCACCACCACCGCCACCCCCGGUUUACAAGUCACCCCCUCCACCACCUCCCGUUUACAAGUCCCCACCACCACCACCCCCAGUCUACAAGUCGCCACCACCCCCACCCCCGAUCUACAAGUCGCCACCACCCCCACCCCCGGUCUACAAGUCGCCUCCCCCACCACCCCCGGUCUACAAGUCGCCACCCCCACCACCCCCGGUUUACAAGUCGCCACCCCCACCACCUCCGGUUUACAAGUCUCCUCCUCCUCCACCACCCGUCUACAAGUCCCCACCACCACCUCCCCCGGUUUACAAGUCACCUCCCCCACCCCCACCAGUUUACAAGUCUCCACCACCACCACCCCCAGUUUACAAGUCCCCACCACCACCACCUCCUGUUUACAAGUCACCUCCUCCCCCACCACCAGUAUACAAAUCUCCACCACCACCUCCACCAGUAUACAAGUCUCCACCACCACCUCCACCAGUAUACAAGUCUCCACCACCACCUCCUCCCGUUUACAAGUCCCCACCACCACCUCCCCCUGUUUACAAGUCACCUCCCCCACCCCCACCAGUCUACAAGUCUCCACCCCCACCCCCACCGGUCUACAAGUCUCCACCACCACCUCCCCCAGUUUACAAGUCACCUCCUCCACCCCCACCGGUCUACAAGUCGCCACCACCACCUCCACCAGUCUACAAGUCGCCUCCACCUCCCGUUUACUACUAUAAAUCUCCUCCUCCACCGUAUAUAGGGAUAGAGAGGUCCCUUACAAUAGCAUCAUCUGAAAAACCCAAAAGGCCAAACAUGGCCUCCUCCUCAUUUUUCACCACUUUCUUAGUGGCAAUGUUAGCCCUUAGUUUUCCUUUUGAGACUUUAGCUGGUUAUCGAUAUUCUUCUCCACCACCACCAACUUACGUUUACAAGUCACCGCCACCUCCUCCCCCGGUUUACAAGUCACCACCUCCUCCACCACCCGUUUACAAGUCCCCGCCACCUCCUCCCCCGGUUUACAAGUCACCACCCCCUCCACCACCCGUUUACAAGUCACCACCACCACCUCCCCCGGUUUACAAGUCGCCACCCCCACCACCACCAGUUUACAAGUCGCCACCCCCACCACCACCGGUUUACAAGUCGCCACCACCACCUCCCCCUGUUUACAAGUCGCCACCCCCACCCCCACCGGUUUACAAGUCCCCACCCCCACCACCUCCCGUUUACAAGUCGCCUCCUCCACCACCACCAGUAUACAAGUCCCCACCACCACCUCCUCCCGUUUACAAGUCACCACCCCCUCCACCACCCGUUUACAAGUCCCCACCUCCACCUCCCCCGGUUUACAAGUCUCCACCACCACCUCCUCCCGUUUACAAGUCACCUCCCCCUCCACCACCUGUUUACAAGUCACCACCACCACCUCCCCCGGUUUACAAGUCACCUCCCCCACCACCACCAGUUUACAAGUCUCCCCCACCACCUCCUCCAGUCUACAAGUCACCACCACCUCCACCUCCAGUCUACAAGUCUCCCCCACCACCUCCACCGGUAUAUAAGUCACCACCACCACCUCCUCCGGUCUACAAGUCUCCCCCACCACCUCCACCGGUAUACAAGUCACCACCACCACCUCCACCGGUAUAUAAGUCACCACCACCACCUCCUCCGGUCUACAAGUCUCCCCCACCACCUCCACCGGUAUACAAGUCACCACCACCACCUCCACCGGUAUAUAAGUCACCACCACCACCUCCUCCGGUCUACAAGUCUCCUCCACCACCUCCACCGGUAUAUAAGUCACCACCACCACCUCCUCCGGUCUACAAAUCACCCCCACCACCUCCACCGGUAUACAAGUCACCACCACCUCCCCCUCCCGUCUACAAGUCUCCCCCACCACCUCCACCAGUAUACAAGUCACCACCACCUCCUCCCCCGGUUUACAAAUCUCCGCCACCACCUCCACCAGUCUACAAGUCUCCCCCCCCACCACCACCCGUUUACAAGACCCCUCCUUACUACUAUAAAUCCCCUCCUCCUCCACGUCACUAUUAAAUCAAAUUGCUUUGACGAUGUCAUCCACCAAAUCAGGGAAAUAAAGACAUCGAUCAUCUUUGAAUAAAAGAGGGACAUUUGCAUGAGUUCCGCAGAACGUAGAAAGAGUUGAAACGAACAGGAUUUGGAUUUGUCAACAAAAAAAAGGGAAAAUAAUAAAAUAUUGAAUUUUAUAUUUAGAUAAAGGAGGUGUCCGUACAAAUAUUGUAUAUUUGUAUGUUGGAGGGGCACAUUUGUUAUUAUAUAUUCUGUACUUUAAAAUUGCUGGGUUGACCGCAAUUAGUAAAAUUUAUAAUUGGGUCCUUCAAGAAAUAAAGAUUUCCAUUUCUAUUU